GCUUUUCACCCUACAUACCUCCGCGACCAUGAUCCUCAACGAUACUCAAGGUCCUCCUGAAAAACAACAACAUCCAGAUGAACCUCUUGCUCGCCCACCAGGUGGACCAUCUUCUACCACCAGUAACAGUCAAUUAUCCUGGACAUUUGAGAAUCAAGAUGUUGCGAGUUUCCGUCCUCCGCCUGCAUAUGAUGCACACGAAACGCACGCUAAAGAUCUCCCGAACUUCCAGCAUGCCCAACGAAACCCUGGCUUUCACGCUGGACCUCAAUAUCCCGCAUCAGAAGUCAUGAACUACGGAGGUCCCCAUCGUUCAGGCGGAUAUAUACAGCAGGCAGUAUAUCCAGGAUAUGUGGGUGGUUCAUCCGUCGGCGUCCAGCAACAGGGAGCUCUACAGCAUCCAGGAACAGGUCAAACGUUUCUCCCGUCGAGCGUUGCGUUCGCACCACACUCUGCAUCAGGCUGGUCUCACCCGUCGUAUUCGACGCAUCCCUCCUCGGUCAAUGCAAGUGGCCGCCCAACUAAGAAUCAGUUCUUCCAACCGUUUGCACUCAUCUCGCACACAAGCGACCUUCAAAAUGGAUUCCCAGGAGACAAACCGCCUUCCAAUGACCAUCCGCACCCGUUCACGACACAUGAGGUGAAGCAAGAGGAUUGGAUACAAUUCCUUACAGAGAUUCAGGAGGUGGAAAGGGGGUCAACAGGCGACCAAAUUGCAAAAGGGCUCAUUGACGUGGUGGGGCGACUACCGAUUGCUGGAAGACUGAUGUCUAUGGGUCUCGAUACACAGGCUCGAGAUAAGAGAUCGUCGCCUGUUGGACAAAUCAUCAGUAGAUGGAACCAGGGGUAUUUUCAUCCUCGUCUGAUCGACGUUGUGCUCGCCCAAGGCCGCACCUGCCACACAGGGCCACCCAACGCAGUCCCAGCGGAUAUGCAUCAUCUUCAACACCAUCGCCGAUCCAACCAUAGCGGUAGUCGUGCUCACGAUGACUCCGACGACUCCUACUCAUCAGAUGAGAGCGUACGAGGUGUGCGUCUCGGCAUGAUGUCGGAACGCAGAGAGGCAUUUGGUAUGGGGUUGCGUGCUGGUCGUAAGGAGCGCAAGGAACGAAGGAGGGAACUCAAAAGGGAACGAAAGCAUGCGCGACGUGACGCAAAGAGGGGCAUUACAAGUGCUUCCGAUGAGAAGUGGAGGUUAGUGAUCGGAUACAAACCCGUCGAUGAGGAACGGUGGACUUGAAUUAGAGAAAACUCCCCGGCGACUGAUUGUGUAAUAAUUAUGUACGAAGACUGUGAAACAAUUAUGUGGAAUCA